CCUCUGGGGUGCUGACGGUGAGACCGUUUCUCUUUCCGCUGAACUACCUCAGAAAACCGUGAGGCAGAGGAGGGUUUGGGCAUCACCCUGCUUGUCAAGGACCUGUGUUCAGAUCUGCCCCAUUUCUCCUGCAACUGCUGCUGGGAUGAGAAACACAGCAACCUCACCUCCCAUCACAUCACCAUUUACUGUGUGGCUCAGCCCUGGACAGGUUUCCAAUGUUCCAUGGAAAUGGAGACUGAAGGCCAAGUGAGGAUGGCCCGGCCCCUGGAGCAGGCAGUGGCUGCCAUCGUGUGUACCUUCCAGGAGUAUGCAGGGCGCUGUGGGGACAAGUACAAGAUCUGCCAGUCGGAGCUCAAGGAGCUGCUGCAGAAGGAGCUGCCCACCUGGGCCCCGAGUGAGUUCCGAGAGUGCGACUACAACAAGUUCAUGAGUCUUCUGGACACCAACAAGGACUGCGAGGUGGACUUCGAGGAGUAUGUGCGCUCGCUCGCCAGCCUCUGUCUCUACUGCCACGAGUACUUCAAGGAGUGCCCCCCGGAGCCCCCCUGUCCACAGUAGCCUCUGACCCAGAGGACAGCUGCCCCGGAAGGGCAGGGUCUGCUCCGGCACUCCGUCUUUGCUCCUCCUCUCUCUGUGGCACCCCUUCCACUCUGGAUUGCCAGGUCCCCCUGAUGCUAAUCCCAGCUACUCACGGGCUUUAGAGGCUUUCCUGGGGAUGUCUAGCUGAUGAGGGGUGGGACAGUAGCCAGCCUUUGCUGCUUCUCUUCUUGGAAGGGAAGACCAUCUCUGCUCUGACCUUGGACGCGCAGUCGUGUGCACACGGUUGAGGCUGCUGUGGCAGCGGCCUAGUCACCUCCCAAUAAAGAAGU